AUGGUGACCGCUUGCUUCCAGGUGGUGGGAUUCAUCACAGCCACUGUUGGGUGGUUCAUGGCCUGCGUUGCCAUGGCAAUCCCACAGUGGAAAAUCCGGAAUCUCGACGGCAGUACGAUUCUGACGGUGGAGGAGGGCUGGGAGGGGAUCUGGAUGAGCUGCAUCAAUGACAGUGCGGGUCUCCUGAGCUGUGACGUAUAUGACUCGCUGCUUGCAUUGCCGUCCGACCUACAGGCAGCCAGAGCUCUCAUGUGCCUGGCCGUAGCAUUGGGCAUUUUAGCCAUGAUGGUAUCAAGCGCUGGCAUGAAGUGCACCAAGUUUGCGAAGGGCGAGGAGAGGUUCAAGGCCUCUCUGACUGUAGCUGGAGGAGUUUUAUUCAUCCUGGCAGGGACCUGUGUCCUGAUUCCCGUCUCCUGGACUGCUGGCAACAUUGUAGCUGACUUCUACAACCCUCUGGUGCCCAUAUCAAUGAAGGCAGAUCUGGGAGAUGCUCUGUUCCUGGGGUGGGGAUCAACUUGCGCCCUUCUCCUUGGGGGUACCAUCCUCUGCUGCUCGUGCCCAGCAGGCAGUGAGCAGGGAUACACGAGGAAUCACGCUCAGUAUCAAUCCACAGUUCCAGGAAACAGGAUCAACAUCUGAAUCUGAUGUUCACCACAUUGAGAAUAUGAACCAAGAGCAACACUCAGAAUUCCUGCAACACCCUCAUCCCAGAGACUGAUGAAGAUUAAAGAGAAGUUAUCAAGCU